CUCCUUCCUAGGGUGCAGAUGAAUAAAUUCAAAUGUCAGAAAUGUCGUAAGGAACUUUUCGGUGGGGAAUUCGUGCUCACGAAUCACUCCGAGCCCUGGACGGAGAGCCACACAAAUGUGUGUUCUGCCAAACAAUUCGUUUGGUACCUGAAGGAUGAAGUCCUCGAAACAUGGCUCCAGUCACAAAUUGACGCCGGCGGGUGGAUAAAAGGCAAACUCCAUUGCCCGUUCUGUUCUCUGAGGAUUGGCUCAUACGACUUCGUGAGCGGCAAGCAGUGCGAUUGUGGCUCGCACGUUCUCCCACCGAUACACAUCGUCAAAUCGAAGGUUGAUCACGAAAACCCGCAACUCCUCCGGGAAGCUCUCGAAGCUCAGAUUGUCGUGCCCCCCGCUGCUACAGAUUUUUCCGACUUCACCGUGGUGGCUCCUGGAAACGCAGGUCCCUGAACCCACCCUUGUGUAUACCCUGCAACAAUAAAUAUUUGCG